AUGGCUGGAAAAAAAAACCGAUUUCAGAUUCUUGAAGUCUUUGGCGGACAGAUCUUGGGCAACUUUGCAAACGAUGUGGUGGCUAGAGACUCUGUGAAAUUAAAGAAAGAGGAAAAGGAAAAAAUUUACCAUGCAAGAGGCCACAAUAAGUUUGAAGCCUUGCUAAAAACUUUCAAACAGAAUCCAGAAGCUGCACCCCAAUUCCUUAUCGAAGCCUUCCGUAAAAAUAGCAGAGAUAUAGAAGUCUUGGAAAAUACUCAGAAAACAGGCAGAAGUAAUAAUCUUUAUUUUGUGAUGUAUCUUGCAGUUUCUCCAGAAGUCAAUAUUAGACCAGAUGAAUCAGACGAAUUCCCUGAUGCCCUCAAGCUUUGUCCUCAUGAAGAAUUCCUGAGACUGAGUGAAGAAAAAGCUGGAAAGAUCUAUCCAAUCAAGGAGAAGAAAGAGCGCACUCGACUGGCUCUCAUUAUUUGCAAUAUAGAAUUUGACACUCUCUCUCAGAGGCUUGGGGCUGAUGUUGACAUCAAAAGGAUGACAAAGUUACUUGAAAGCCUGGACUACAGCGUGACGGUGGGAAAACAACUCACAGCUGUGGAGAUGCAGUCUAUGCUGGAGAAAUUUGCCCAACUCCCUGAGCACAACUCCUCAGACAGCACCUUUUUGGUGUUCAUGUCUCAUGGAGUCCUGGAGGGAAUAUGUGGGACUACAUACAGCAAAGAAAAUCCAGACGUGUUAAGUUACCACACCAUCUUCGAGAUUUUCAACAACCUCAACUGCAGUAGUCUAAAAGGCAAACCCAAAAUCAUCAUUGUGCAGGCCUGCAGAGGAGGAAACAGUGGAGGAUUUUGGGAUCCAGAUUCUCUCUUGCCUUCAGCAACUAGGCCCACACAGUUACCUGAGAACCUGAAAGUGGAUAGUAUCAGCCUGACACACCUGGAGAAGGACUUCAUUGCCUUCUACUCCACAACACCAAAUAAUAUGUCCCUGAGACAUGAAAUAGAAGGUUCUCCCUUCAUCACAAAACUCAUCAAAUGUAUAAAAAAAUAUUCUUGGUGCUACCACGUAGAGGAAGUAUUUCGGGAGGUGCAACGACUGUUUGAAAUACCAGAAGUUGCAGCCCAAAUGCCCACUAUGGACAGGGUGUCUAUGACAAGAUAUUUCUACCUCUUUCCUGGCAAUUAA